AAUAUGCUUAGGAAUAAUGUUAUUUUUUUGGACAAAAGGAAUAAUGUUAAUAGAGUUAUAAUUGAUUAGGUGAAUACCGUCUUUGAUUAUUAUCUCCUUCCUCAGUGAGCUUAAUAGCUAUUGCAUAAUGGUGAUGCUACUACUACAUAUAAAUACUUAGGCUUAAUUAAAUAGGAAGAAAAACACGGUAGAAAAAUAUUUAAAGUAAAAAUUAGAUGAAUAAUAUUCAAUUAAAAACAAACGGUGGGAGAAUACUAUCAAUAAAAAGGUAAAUUUAGAUGAAUAAUCAAAUGUUGACAAAAGAAAAAGAAAAAGAAGAUGAAUAAUCAAAUGAUAACUAGUGAGUGGUGACGCCGUACACUUGGGGUUUACUCCAUGGUUCAAUACUAAGCUCUUCAAUUUACUAUAUGAUCCUUCCAUUGCAACAUGCCAAGAACUAAGAGCCAAUACAAUAACACACCAACUAGGGGUACCCUCGGUAUUGCAAAGCAUGGACGGGUCAACAACCAACUCAUAUAAACCGGUAACUUCCAGUUACACCGUAACACCAAACGAAGAGACAUUUUAGAAAAAGGGAAUAAAAAGAAGAUGUGAGCUUGUGAACGUCAAAAGCACGUCAACUCUCUCUUUAAAUGGCCGACAAAAUCCAUGAGAUCGCCGGGAAGAUGACACCUUUGUGUCAGAAAAUCGUUCACGUGAACGUAAAAUGGAGAAUCAUGGAGAAAGUAUCUAUAUUUGGAGACUUUUUUAGGUUUGUAUGGAGGAAAAUAUUAUCUUGUUCAAGUAUCAUCGAGAAACCUAUUAUUUACCGGCGAGUCGUUCACCGGACUCCUUCCACCAUCGGAGAGAUCUUCGACAGCGAUGAUGAUACAACUGUUUCCGGUAGAGGGAUAAGUUCAAGUUCGGAUGCAGAUUUGGUUAGCCUCAAGAUCAGCUUAUUAGGCGAUUGUCAAACAGGGAAGACUACUUUUGUAAUAAAAUAUGUUGGAGACGAGAAUCAAGGGUUCCUGGAGAUGGCUGGAUUAAAUUUGAUGGACAAAACGUUUUAUGUUCAAGGAGUAACAAUUUCUUUUAGCAUUUGGGAUGUAGGAGGUGAUGAAAAGAGGUCUAAAGAUCAUAUACCUAUUGCUUGUAAAGAUUCAGUAGCAAUCUUGUUCAUGUUUGAUCUAACCAGUCGAUCUACUCUUAACAGUGUCUUUGGGUGGUAUAGCCAGGCAAGAAAAUGGAAUACGGAACAAAAUUCGAUGAUUUCGUUCGGCUCCCACCCAAUCUACAAUGGACCAUUGUCACUCAGGCGAGAGCGUACGCGAAGGUGAUGAAGGCGUCAUUGUUCUUUUCAAGUGCGACACACAACAUAAAUGUGAACAAGAUCUUCAAAUUCAUUUUGGCUAAACUUUUUAAUUUGCCUUGGAAGAUCGACAGAAAUUUAACCUUAGGUGAACCCAUUAUCGACUAUGAUUCCUAAUAUAGUGUUUUUCAUUUCUCACGUUUGUACAUAAAUUUCUUAAAAGAGUUGAUAAUCGUCCAUUAAGAGAAAUAGUUGAAAGAAAAUACCAUUAGUUUUUUGUUUUUUAGAUAUUAUUGUUUUUCUUUUUUGCAUAAUGAAACUGAGUUUGUAAAAGAAAAUGCUUUUUUUUUUCUCAAACUGAGUUUCUAUUAAAAAAAAGAAAAAAAAUGCUUUUAAGAAACCUGAUCAAAUUACAUUACAAAUACACCAAAUUAAUACUUGUAUAUCAUAAGGCACACUGAUGAGCUACGACUGAAGGAAGAUAAAAAAGUCAAAACUGAUUUUUGUAACAUAAAUCUGAAGUGUGCUCACAAGUAUACAAACUUUCAUUCAUGGAUACAAGAUAUGGACCGUUGCGUUAUAAAGUGUGCAUAGAGAAUAUAUGCAAGACACACGAAAUAAGCCAAACGAUUCUAAGCUAAGCAAAUACAAGAAUGAUUUUGUAACUUCUAACACUAAUUAAAUACAAGAUGAAAACAAAAACAAACAUGUAAAGAAAGAGAACUAAAGAGUACUAAUGUUAAACUAAAGAUGUACAAGAUUCAACCAAAGAAGAAAACGGUUAUCACGAACGCAA